GAUUUUUUGUAUUAAAAAAGUUUAUUGGUUUAAUAAAGAUUUCUUUGGUUUCAGCUGGUGCUCCCUUCUUCCUCUGUUAAUUUACUAGGCCCAUUAAACUUGAAGUCAUUUCCAUUUUAGUAUGUGUUGAGUAAAAUACGUAAAGUUUUAAUUUGGAGGAUUAAUGUGUAUGUUUACCCCCAACCUUUUCAGUAAGUAACAGAUGCGGGUGAAAGAGCCAUCCAAAGCUUUACCUGAGAAAGCCAAAAGAAGUAAAAGGCCUACCAUACCUCAUGAUGAAGACUCUUCAGAUGACAUUGCUGUAGGUUUCACUUGCCAACAUGUAAGUCAUGCUAUCAGUGUAAAUCAUGUGAAAAAAGCAAUAGUUGAGAAUCUGUGGUCAGUUUGCUUGGAAUGUUUAAAAGAAAGAAAAUUCUAUGAUGGACAGCCAGUACUUCCUUCUGAUAUUUGGUUGUGCCUCAAGUGUGGUUUUCAGGGAUGUGGUACAAACUCAGAAAGCCAGCAUUCAUUGAAGCACUUCAAGAGUUGGAGAGCAGAGUUUCACUGUAUUAUAAUUAGUCUGAGCACAUGGAUCAUUUGGUGUUAUGAGUGCGAUGAAAAAUUAUCAACACAUUGUAAUAAGAAGGUUUUGGCUCAGAUAGUUGAUUUUCUCCAGAAACAUGUUUCUAAAACACAAACAAAUGCAUUUUCUAGAAUCAUAAAACUUUAUGAAGAAAAAUGUGAAACAGGUGAAAAAAAGGGAAGAAAAGACAGCAGUGUAACAUCUGUAAAAGGAAUUACAAAUUUAGGAAAUACUUGCUUUUUUAAUGCAGUCAUGCAGAAUUUGGCACAGUCUUAUAUCCUUACUGAACUGAUGAAUGAGAUCAAAGAACACAGUACAAAACUCAAGAUUGUUCCUUCCUCAGACUCUCCGCUGGACCCAUUAGUGGUGGAACUUUCAAGCCCUGGACCGUUGACCUCAGCCUUGUUCCUGUUUCUUCACAGCAUGAAGGAGACUGAAAGAGGACCGCUUUCUCCCAAAGUUCUUUUUAAUCAGCUUUGUCAGAAGGCCCCUGGAUUUAAAAGUUUUCAACAACAGGACAGUCAGGAGCUUCUUCAUUAUCUGCUCGAUGCAGUGAGGACAGAAGAAACAAAGAGAAUACAAGCUGGCAUUCUCAAAGCAUUUAACAACCCAACUACUAAAACUGCUGAUGAUGAAACUAGAAGAAAAGUCAAAGCAUAUGGAAGAGAAGUUGUGAAAAUGAACUUCAUAGAUCGUAUCUUUAUUGGUGAAUUAACUAGCACGGUCAUGUGUGAAGAAUGUGCAAAUAUCUCCACAGUAAAAGAUCCUUUUAUUGAUAUUUCACUUCCUAUAAUAGAAGAAAGGGUUUCAAAACCUGUACUUUUGGGAAGAAUGAGUAAAUAUAGAAGUUUACAGGACACAGAUAAUGGUCAAUACAGUGGCACUAUUACUAUAGAAAAUACUCAUCAGCCUAGAGCCACCAAGAAGCAUUCUUCAUCUAAAGAUAAGAAUCAACUAAUUCAUGACAGAAAACGUACAAGAAAAUUGUCAUCUGGAGAAGAUAAAGCUGUUGUCAUUUACCAGAAAAAUGAAAACCUUGAAAUGAAUAGAGACUCCUCAUUGUUUGCAAGCAUCGUGAACACUGAGUCGACUCUGACUGAAAGCCCUACCGACGGCAGCGAAAAGGAAGCCAGCCUUUCUGAAAGUAGUGUUGAUGCUGACAGUGAGGCUUCAGAGUCUGAAAGUGCGCCCAAGCAGACUUUGUUGCUGAGAUCCAGCAGUGGAUACUGUGUGCAGACAAACGGACGCCGUCGCCCUCCGUCAAAGAGUGAGCCGCUCACCAAGGAGGGUGACGGUGGUGACGUGGGAGUGGCUGAAGCUGUUUCUGAACUUCAUUUGAGCAGCAGCACUGUAACUGGAGAUAGGGAAUUUGAUAGAGAAAAUCAGCCACUAAGCGUUUCAAAUAGGUUGUGUUUUUCAGAGGGCAAGCAUAUGGUGUCUUACAGCCCCCCAAAUGCUUUUCAGACCCUUUCUCAGAGCUACAUAACCACUUCUAAAGAAUGUUCAAUUCAGUCCUGUCUCUAUCAGUUUACAUCUAUGGAAUUACUAAUGGGGAACAACAAGCUUCUGUGUGAGAACUGUACUGAAAAGAAACAGAAGCACCCAAAGGAAACCAGUUCUGCAGAAAAGAAAGCAGGAGGGGUUUAUACUAAUGCCAGGAAGCAAUUGCUCAUUUCUGCUGUUCCAGCUAUCCUAAUUCUCCAUCUUAAAAGAUUUCAUCAGGCUGGCUUGAGUCUUCGCAAAGUAAACAGACAUGUAGAUUUUCCACUGACACUUGACUUAGCACCAUUCUGUUCUGCUACUUGUAAGGUUUGGAAGAACCUGAUAGUGAAUCAGCAGGCCAGUGGGUCCAUGUUAGUGACACUUACGUGCAGGUGGUUCCAGAAUCAAGAGCACUUAGCGCACAAGCGUACCUUCUUUUUUAUGAAAGAAUAUUAUAAUGAUUUGUUACCUGUUAAUGGUAAUGAUUAUUUAGAUCACUUUUAUUUUAAUGCUGCAGCGGUAACCAUUAUAUGCAAUGUGCCUUUGUAGUCUUUUCUGUAGGAAUAGCAUGUCCCUCAAAUGCUCCUGAACAUGUUUACCAUUUUGGUGAAUCCUUUUAAAGUAAAUUAAAUUUACUAAAUACUUUCAAAAUUAUAUUCUUAAAAUAAAUGUAAACACAUGUUUUUAAAAACAUAUUUGUCCUGGAAGGAAAAAAACAGAAUUUACAGUAGUAGAGGAAACUCCUUUAUAAUGUGGCUUAUUACUAUAAGCAUUCAGAAAUGAUGCUGGCUAAGUCAAAUCAUUCCUUAAAAACAGUGUUUCCCAAAUGGGAGUCAAUACCACCUUUCUGUUUUCG